AUGCUUCCAGGACCGCCACCACCUCUUCUUAUGGGAUAUCCCUCUGUGCCGAGCGCAUCACCCUCAGCUGCACCGUCAUCAUCCAUAGGUGCCAGCAUUGCCAUCAUCGCUAUCGUCAUCAUCGCGUCAACCCUCGUGAUCUUGUGCAUUAAGGUCUUUUGUCGUAGCUCCCGCCCCCCUCGCCCGUCCUGGUCGCCAUUCUCUCGCCGCAGCAGCAUCUCCCGGAGGGCCUCAUCAUCAGGAGAGUCUGACAGGAAGUGUGCAGCGGCGGCAGCUGUUCAUGCUUGCCCGGGGGCCAGUGCUUCGUCUAGAAAGCAUGCAGAAGGUUUGGUGUUUGGGUUGAAGGUCCCUGUGCCAUCUGCGCCCUCUCUACCAGAGGUGGAGCUGGUGAUCUUGGGGUUGCUCUCGCAACCACCCGUGCUGUUGCAGCAGGGGAUGUUCUGCUGCAUCUGUGCCCAAAACUUUGCGCCUAGCGAUAUGAUCCUGUCCCUUCCGGCGUGCUUGCAUAAAUUCCACGAGCGGUGCAUUAUCCCAUGGAUUCGUGGACACACACCUUACUGUUGUCCGUUCUGCGAUGCUUCCAUCACCAUCCCCUUCCCUGACCCUGAAAAGACGCACAGCUCAGAUCGCUAUGAUGUCGAGGCACAGACAGUGGUUGCGCCAGCACCGCCUGGAGAGGAGGUGGCAGAGGCUGUGGGUCUCUCUCGUGGGUGGCUGCGCUCUUCACUGGACAGACUCUCUGGCAGCUGGAGGGGAUGCUCCAGCAGUCAUGCCACUGCAGUUGUAGUGCCGGUGUCCUCACGACGUACCACGGGGAGCUGGAGAGUCAACAACUCUGACAAGGAGGACGUAGAGGCUGUUGGCGGCUCUCACGGGUGGCUAGGCUCUUUUCUGGCUACACUCUCAAGCACCUGGAGUGGACACUCAGACAGCCGUUCCACUACAAUGGUGUCAUCGGUGUCCUCAGGGUGCGCAACUGGAAGCCUGAGCCUGGUACUGAGUGGCUGCGGCAGUGCUGACUUGUGUUCCAGGAGCUGGGAUCCUGAGGCAGCCAUGCAGAAGACGUAG